AUGCCGAGCAGUUCCAUAUGCAUCACUUAUUCAAAUCCUCAGGGAGUUUUCUAUCCGGGUACGAAUGUAGACGGUGUUGUACACCUUGAACUCAAGGAAUCAAUAAAGGCAAGAUCGCUACGAAUCACGGUGGAUGGACGUGCUCACACUCACUGGAAGGUGACACGCUCGCGAACAGUCAGAACUGCACGAACAGAAAACUAUACGGAAACGUAUUCGGCAUCGGUAAUUUAUGCCGAGGGUGAAAGUGUCGCAUGGUUUUCACCGAAAGGCAGCAAAGAGGUGCUCAACGCAGGAUCCUAUCAAUUUCCGUUCACGUUUCAACUGCCGAUUGACUGUGCUCCGAGUUUCGAAGGAUUAUACGGCUAUAUCCGUUACAUGGUUAAGGUCGAAAUCGAUAGGCCAUGGCGAUUUAACAAAACUGACAAGCGACUUUUUACUGGUGAGUUUAUCUAUGAGGUUUGA